AUGGCUGAUCGUAAUUCCAUUGGUGAGAGUGCUGCUUCACUCAUUGGUAACACACCAAUGGUGUAUCUCCCCAAAUUGGGAAAAGACCUUCCUGGUAAAGUUGCUGUGAAAGUGGAGUACAUGAGUCCAGCGGGAUCUGUCAAGGACAGAAUCGGAUAUGCUAUGAUUGCAGCUGCUGAAAGAGAAGGGAAAAUUGUUCCGGGAGUCACCACUCUCAUCGAGCCAACAUCCGGAAAUACUGGAAUUGCUAUAGCGUUUGUGGCAGCUGCUAAAGGAUACCGUUGUAUUGUUACCAUGCCAGCAUCUAUGAGUGGAGAAAGACGUACUCUCCUGAAAGCGUUUGGCGCUGUUGUUGUAUUGACCGACCCCGCAAAAGGAAUGAAGGGUGCUAUCGACAUGGCUAACCAACUGAAAGAAAAGGUACCUGGAUCGUACGUUCUUGCUCAAUUCGACAAUCCAAACAACCCGCUUGUUCACUACCAAACCACAGGACCGGAAAUCUGGAAACAGACUCAUGGAAAAGUAGAUGUAGUUGUAUUUGGAGUUGGAACUGGAGGAACUAUCACUGGUGUUGGAAAGUACUUGCUUGAGCAAAACCCGGCUAUCCGUGUGUUUGCUGUUGAGCCAGAGGAAUCUGCAAUUCUUAGUGGUAACCCAGCCGGACCACACAAGAUUCAAGGAAUUGGAGCGGGAUUCGCGCCUGCUGUUUUGGAUACUAAGAUCUAUGAGGAUGUCAUUCGUAUUCACUCCGAUGAAGCUAUUGUUAUGGCUAAACGUCUUGCAUUUGAAGAAGGACUUCUUUGUGGAAUCUCAUCUGGAGCCAAUGUUGCUGCUGCUCUUCAACUUGCUCAACGCCCUGAGAUGGUCGGAAAACUUAUCGUUACUGUAUUGCCUAGCUGUGGAGAACGUUACAUGACAUCUGCUUUGUACACCGACAUUCGUGAGGAAGCAAUGGAAAUGGGCGUCUACAGUUUGGAAGAAAACUUGCAACGACUGAGUAUUCAUCAAUAUGAAGUGAUGGAAGAAUUCAGACCAUAA